CUAGUCUGAGUCUCGCUGUGAAGACGCUUCUUGAGAUCCAGAACAGAGACAGACAGAAGUCCAGACACUCGUGUCAUGAUCUGAAGCUGGGACUGGGCUCUUCUGGAUACUGGACUUUAGAGAAAUGAUGCUGAUCUUUGGACUGAUGCUGCUGCUGCAGACUGCUGCAUGUCUGGAUCAGUUCUGCAGGUUUAAUCAGUCUGAUAUCUGCUACGCAGCUGUGGGACACAAACUCAAUCUCCUGAUGGUGCAGAACACUAGUGUAUAUGACACAACGAUACAAAAGAAUAUAAACUACAACACAGCAACUGAUCCAGUUUGUAGAAUAAAGAAUGACACGAUGAGAGUUUGUAAUCUUUAUAGUAACAGACCUGAAGUUACAGUCAUUAAAGGGACUCUGAUCAUAAACCGUGUGAUCAAAGCAGAUUCAGGGAAUUACACAGUAUCUUUCUCUCGCUCAGACGGCACAUUCUGCACAUCUACAGAUCUUCAAGUGAAUGUUGAAGCUCCUAUUGGCUCAGUGGAAGUGUCCAUCAGCUGCUCCUCCAGUGGGGCGAUGAGGGCGUCCUGCUCCUCUGAGGGCGAUCAGCUCCUCUACAGCUGGACUCUGAAUGGAGAUCCUCUGAUGGAUGGAAACUCCAGCUUUGAUCUGAAUGAGGGAACUGAUGGAAACAUCACCUGCAGUGUGAAGAACCACGUCAGUCACGGACAGAAGAACAUUAGAGUCAAACCCUGUCCUGUCUUAAAUAUCUCUCUGAUUGCUUUGGGCUGUGUUGCGCUGAUCCUGAUCCUGCUGUUCAUCACCUUAUAUCUCAUUUACAAGAAAAAACAGGUCAAGUUGACACCAGCCGCUGCUGGCAGUGUGGAUGUUAUAUACGCUGAUAUCUCUCAUGAGAACAAGAGUGAAAGAGUCAAAACAGAAUCACUCCCGACUGCUGAUGUGGAAUACAUUGAGAUCCAAACGCAGAAGAAAAGGAAGGAGGAAGAGGUUCAGUACGGCGAGGUGAUGUCCACUCUAAACCACUCAAGCGCUCACACACAGCCUCAGGAGGAGUGUAUUUAUUCUCAGAGAGUCACGUCCCAGUUCUUCUCAGGACAGAAGUCUUAACAUGUAAUGACACUAAAGUAUGACUGAUCCUCGACAGAACCUGAUGAUGAGCAUUAACUUUUCCCAUUUUAAUUAUACAAUUAUUAUAUAUUGUUAUAUAUAAUAGGCCUAUGCCAUGAAUACUAUGUGAAUUGUGAGUGUGACAUUCAAUAAUUAUACAUAAAAUACUAUUACACUAAACGGGAACAGAUAUUACUAACAAAAAUAGCGCAAAUAUAUAAUGAGCUCUUUAUUUCAGACAUUUCAACAUUAAAUAUAUGUAUCUUUUCAAAAAUCAUUUUUUUUAACACUGCAGCACAAUUAAAUUUAGACAAAUUGUUAUUCUAAUGUGGUUACAAGAAUUUAUUCAUAUGUUUUUAUUAGAGCUGUCAGUUGAUAACAUUUUUUAUACUUUUUAAUUACUUGUGGAUUAAUGUGAUGUUUUUAUCAGCUGUUUGGACUCUCAUUCUGACAGCACCCAUCCAUUGCAGAAUGAAGAAACAAACUAAUCUACAUCUUGGAUGGCCUGAGGGUGAGAAAGUUUUCAGCGAAUGUUUAUUUUUAGGUGAACUAUUCCUUCAAGCGGUGUCAAACGUUCUCCCAUGCAUGUCAUUUCUCAUUCUCUCUCUCUCACAUGAAGAGAUGCACACAUACUCUCCCUCGAUCUCGUCCACUUAAAAAUAAGCAUUCUCAAGUGUACAAACCCACACAAAGUAGAUCCUUGCACAGCUUUUGGGUUCGCUGGUCAUCUCUCCUCCUCCAUUUCCUGUCUCAGAUGAGAGUCUGAACUCAUAAGUCAUAUUUGAAACGGUCCAGCCUUUCAUCCUCAGAGCAACACGAACCUCUGACCUCCAACUGCAAAGACUCAAACUAACUCAUGGAGAAACACUGUGUAGCAAACAAUUCAAUGAAAUGCCUUCAUUAACAAUGUUUUAUUCCAGAUCAUGUUUAUUCUAGAUAUCUUUCAAUUUGCUUGCAUGCCCUGUGUGUAUGCAAAAUGACUAAUUCAUUAUUCUACCUGAAUUUAGUUC